AUGAAUUUGAGACAGUAUUUAAACAAUAUUGAAACAGACCCGUUGAAUAAUUCUCCGGCUUCUUUGUCCAGUCAUAGACAGAAUUAUGGGAAUUCAUUUCCACUUUACGCUCCCACUACAACACUAGCAUUCUCCAUUCCUUUUAAUCAUCACUUGCAGCAGCAAGCUAAAGCCAACGAUUCUCCAGCGAAUAGUGGCAGUCUAAGUUUACUUUCUCAGCUAUUGGAAGUGGAAAAACUCAAGCAACCAUCUGGUGUUGACUCAAACUUCAGUGUGAUCAAAGCCAAAACUCUGGAGGAGAUUGAGCAGUUGGAAUCCCCAAAAAACAACAUUCUUUUUUAA